AGGAAGCUUCCGAUACUCCAUUUGUGCUUGCGGGAAAGCCGCCGAGCAAGGGUGUAGAAUUUUUUAUUAACCUAUAAGUCUAAGCAUAAUGCAAUGGCUCUUACUAAGUGCAAUCUUCUGCCCACCAUUUCAUACCAGGAAGAGUUAUGGUGGUAGUUGUAGAAAGGGAAGUUAGAUGAUCGCUUACAAUUUCAAAGGAAUGGGCUCUUGUUUCAGCUAUUGCUGUAGAGAGCAAAACAAGCGAGCUAGGCAUGUCAAACCGGCUGGUUACUUCGAUACGUCGAGCCUCAUCGAAUUUGAAACACUUAUUGAUGAGCAGUCGACUAGCGAGCCCAAAAGUUUGGAAAGCCUGGAAGUUCCUGUGGCCAAAUUUCAUGCACCAGAUGAAAAUUGCUGCACUUGCGACUUCAACUUGGAGUUGCAGGAGUAUCUCUUGAGUUUUGAAGAUCUGCCCGCAUCAGAUGAUGAUCUCUUUACUUUGUCUAGCUUGAGUGACAAUGGGGAUGGCAUCAAUAUUAAGAAGCUGGCCUUUCAUCAAGAGGAUGCUUUGGAACUUGAAGAAGAAGCCAAAGCACUGCCAGAUGCUGUUGAGGCACCUCCAAUAUCUGCAGGCCAAAGGGUUGUCAUGCGAUCAAAGCUUUCCAAAGAAGACAACUGGACAGGCGCUGAUCACAAUGCUUGGGCACUUGCGGGGGAGGAGGAGAUCCUGAAUGCUGCAAAGCUGCGCUGCCAGGGACAUCUACCCAGCUGCCCCCAAUUUCAAGCAAAGGCUUGGGAAAAGGAGCGAGAACGGCUUAAUAGCAGCCCGCACUCUUCACUUGACUUGGAGUGGGAGAAUGAAGUUGGGUUAACACCACCACAGCGAUGUGCAUCAGCUGCUGAUGAGGACUUUGUGUAUGUCCCUGGGCCAGACACGUGUAGCAACCAUUCAACUCCACUUUCCAAUGAAAAUGACCUUGAAUGGGAUGGCGACCUCUCAAGUGUCCAGAUUGGAGGCUUUGACAUGGAAACAGAACAGCUGAUCUCAGAAAUUGAACAGAUGACUGCAGAUGCCCUGAAAGAACCCUCCAGUGCUUCCAGAUGACCAUCUGUGCACUAUCUAGGCAGGUGCGCCUGUUGAGGAGGGUCUUCUGUAUUUUUCUUGUGCGUAUGUCUGUGUGUGUUUUUGUGUGUGUAUGUGCAGUGGCACAUACUGCUUGAUGUUAUGUAUGCUUCUGUUUAUCUUCCUUGAACAUCACACUGUAGUUGUUGUGUUUGCAUAAGCAUGGUAGGUGACAGUCCACCAGGCUAGCACAGUGGGUCCAAAGUUAUAUGACUAGCCUGAUUCAUUGCAGUUUUGGUGUGAAGCAUAGCUGUCUUAAUCAACCGAGGAUGUGAAUAUGCUCCACUUAGCCUAAAAGUUAUCCGUGAGCUGCAUUGCGCCUCCUGUGCUUCUCCUGUCUCUGGACAGCUUGUAACUCAUUGCUUGGUGGUGGCUCCACUAUUGCUGUAUAUCUGAGUGGCCAGCUGUAGUUAAAACCUGAAAAACUUCAGAGGGGCAUUGGUGGUGACACAUGUGAGAAACACAUUUAUGUUCCUGUUACACAGCUCAUCAUAUAUUUAAAGCCGUGUUGAAACCAUGUUCAGUGUGCCUGCAAUUUAGCUACAGCAGAGGAUGCAUUCUUCUUUUUGUUUGAAUGAGGACUGGUAUGCAAAUAUAGGAGUUUGGACUGUACUUAAGACCUUAUUGGCAAAUAAUAUUUUACUUAUUGCCAGUACUCUCACCUUUUCCUUGCUUGUGGCAUUGCGAAGAUUAUGCGAUCCUCAUUCUGUUGGGGCCAUUACAUACCAUCCACCAGUAUGUUGUUACGAUUGACCACAGUACACACAACACCCUCCAUUUAGGGGGAAGUUCCACAUUUGUUGCCACAGUCUGCAAUGACACUGGCUGUAACUUCACUGGCUGUAACUUCACUGGCUGUAACUUCACUGGCUGUAACUUCACUGACGCUGGCUGUAACAUACGAUCGUGCAUAUAGGAUGCAUGAUCGUGUGAAAAGAGAAAGAGCCACUGUUGUUGUUCAAUGGCAGAGUACAGUAGACUCUCUUUAAAUAGAACCUGAAGGGGUGAGGAAAAUAUUUUUCAUGUAGAAGUUCAAGAAGAACAUGGGUGCAGAGUUGAAGUACGAAACCAAUUGUGUCAGAGGCAGCUGUUCUGUUUAAGCAGCAAUUCUGUUUGGGAGAUUUCCAUUCACUCAAGAGUCUACUGUAUUGCACACAGUGUGCAGAAGUUUUGAUUGUGGUGCUAUCGCUGGGCAAUGCCUUAUGCCUUAUUCUGUGCUAGUUUUAUCAUCUGCCACUCACAGCUGCCUGAUUACGUUGAUAAUGUAGACAAGCAGCCGCUUUGAGCUCUGGCCAAGCACGGAAGCAUCAGAAUCCGAAAAUGCCUUGCUCCGUGAGAGUGCUCCUGUAUAGGCAGUUUAUUUUCUUUGAACAUAGGCUCACUGUGUCUAUCUUUGUUUUAGAAACUGUUCACCUUUUCAGUAAUCACCAAAAGCCCUCAUUGCUGGUGGCAUGCUGAGCUGUCUUUUGUUAAAUUGUGCUCUUAGAAAAAAGUAGUUGAUGAAGUAAAGCCAAGGAAAGUUACAACUCAUGCGGGCCUAAUAGUGCUGGAAUAUACCAAAAUGUUGUGAUCUGCUUUAUAUAUGCAUAAGGAAAUUUUAUAUAAAACAGCCAUAUUUUACGGUGCACAAGAUAAUAUGUGCUGGGGUGUAGCCUGUGAAUUUAGUAGUACACCUAUCUGUUUGACACCCAGAGUAUUCUGCUUUGCAAGUUCCUCCAGGGUUGUUUAAUUAUAACCAUGUCCUGUGUCAUAGGGACACCAUGAAGCUGGUUUACAGCUACUGAACCUACUCAUUUCAAAUUGCUCAUGUGGCCAGGGCCAGUAUUAGAAUACUAAGACUUCACAUUGUAAAGCUUUUUUGCAUGUUGUUAUGAUUUUCAAUGCUACCUUUCAAAUUUGUAGUAACAGGCCCAUUGUAUGUCCAUUCUCUAUUUUCGUGUUGUUCUUUUGGGAAAAUGUUUUUAAUUCAAAUUUUCUCAAGUAACUUUCACAAGAAGCCGGCAGUGCAGGAAAAGCCGCCGUAUGGGAAUUAAGUGGGUUCUGGGUCUGCCGGUCUACACAUUGGAUCACAAGUCAAGGUGCAUUGACACCAUUUGUGAACAUUGGAUCUUGACCAUCCAGCAUUCUCUGCAGCAUACAUUUGCCAGAGCCAGUUUUCUUGCUUCCAACUCCUUUCUAUACAAUGUAAUCGAAAAAGUAAAAGGCAUAGAAAGGAAAUGCUAAUUUGUAACUUACGAGAGUGCCUGCUUUGCAGAGUGCACAUAGGCGUUCUUGAGAGAAAAAACUAGAAAUGAAAACAUUAUUGAUAAAACAAAGCUUGUACAUAAGAAUUUUUUGCAGUGCAUAGGCAGGUAGUCACUGGAAAAGUGAUGACAUGAAGGGGUAUGAAUACAUAAACCUCUUACAAGAGUUUGAUACAAAUUUUGCGGUUGUACCUCAUUUGCAAAACUCGCAGUUGUACCUCAAGCUAAAGCUUGACCUGAUAGAUGUAUUGGUCUCAGGUACAGAAUUUUGAUGAAUAUGUUGCAGCACUCUGACAGAGCUUCGCAAUCAGAUGGUGUCCACUCUGCACUCCAAGUACCACGCCUCUUUGGAACAAUUGCUAAUUUCUGUCAAAGUUGCUAAUGUGAUGUUAGGACUUUUAGUGUUGCCGUAGUUACACUUGUUACGUUGGCAUUUUCUUCUUUUUUUUUCUUUUUUUUUAAUUCUUUGAGAUGCUAUGAACACAAUUGUGUACACCACUUAUUUUUGCUAUUUGCAUUAAGUGGAGGUUAGAAAAAAGCUAGAUAUAUCAUGCUUUGGAUGAAUCGAACCUUCUGCAUUAUAAAUUUGUCUUCAUUUAACUUCAUUUUACAGUGUACUGAUACAUAUAAUCACUUUUCUCAAGGCACUACCAUGUUCGACGAGUCAUGCAAUGUGUCGCUUCCUGCAAGCUAUGUGAAAAGCAAAAUUUUUCUUCGCUUAAGACUGACAUAGCCAAAAAUUAAUUAGCAUUGUAUUCCUGGUUGGGGAUUUGAUUCUGUUUAUGCCAAAAGUAAGCAUCAAUUACUUUAGGAUAAAGAGAUAUUUAAUUACAAUUUAAUUAGAGUGAGUUACUACACCACUCAUACAUUCAAUAGUUAUCUCAUUAUUCUUGUUGCAAUAGAAUAUUGAGUGUCGUGAAGUGACGAAGUGAUUUGGCACAUUUACACGCAGUUCUUCGUAGGUGGCGUGUGAAAGGGUUAAAAAAACGAGAACUUGCAAAUUGGAAAAUAAUAAUGCAGCCUAUAUAUAAUUAAAUUGCACGUGCAAUCACAGCCGGUCCUAUCUUUUUGGUGUCAUGAAACAAAGAGGGGUUAAUGUCUGUUGCGCUUCAUGUGUGCUUGUACUCUCAACAAAUGUGUACAUGUAGGAAGGACCAUGACGACUGCCAUGCCUGUCUUGCCUUACCACUAUGUAGCAGCAUUACUAAGACCUCAGUCCUCUCACACACUAGACAAUUGUAGGCCUAUUCAAAACCUUUAUGUAGAGAGAAACAUUCCCACUUAGCUUUGUGAGGCUGUACAGUGUACAUGAGCAAUCUAGUGCAAAUCAACUAUAAAGGUUUAGUACUUCAUAAAACUUGUAGCUUGUAACUCAAAAAGUCUGGCUCUUAACCUUCUCACCUACAAUAGGGGUUGGUUGCAGUUCAUCUAGGUAUUUUCAGUCUUAUGAUUUAUUACAAUAAACCAUUUCCACUUUAUUCAGAUAUACACCAUGUUGUAUGGUGUUAUUUGUCAUAUAUACCUAGUGAAUCAGUCCUUAGAGUGACUUACACUCCAAACUAUUGUAGAAAAUGUUUUAUCUGAAACUUCGGUCAUGAGUUAAUUUCUAAGUUGGUGCUUUAUUCGAGAUUGGGAAAAUCAAACAAAUAUACAUAUGGUUGAAAUUGCUCAGCUGUAUAUUUAUUAAAAUUCUCGUAUUCUUAAUCUAUCCAGUUAUGUCAAGUGCUCCUUGUUUUCAGAACAUAUUUUUUUUUAGAAAUUGUCACAAGCUGCUAUUUUUGCUGAUAGGCUAUGUGAAUAGGUGGACAUUAACUACAUGAAAAUUUUGCAUGAUAACAUUGCAAAAUAUUGAAAAUGUGCAAAACUUGUUUUAAUCACCAUUGGCACAUUUUGUUGUUACAAAAUAAAAGCUACAGAUUCAUUAAGCUAUGUUUGUUCAAUAGAAAUCCUAUGACCAGCAUCACUUUUAAGACAUGCAACCUUAAAAUUUGCUGUAAAGUAUAUUGGGGCUCCAGUUAAGUUUCUCAAAGUUAUGCUGCAUAGAUUAUCUUGACUGGAAUGACGAGGCAUUUUAUUUUAUUUAUUUUGAAAAUUGGUGUCUCGGAAAGUUCUUGGUGUUAAUAUUUCUGCUAAGCAGGCACGGCCACUCCUCCUCAGUUUCAAUUUUGUGAUUACAGCUAGUGCUUGAAGUAAGUUGUUAUGAAUCAAAUUUACAGUAAAAUCUUUUUUGCUGCUAAUGACUGCCAAGUCAUGUAACCUAUCUGCAAGAAGUGCAGGGGCCUGUAAAAACCUGGUGUAUCAAUUAGUUGCUUUUAGAAGAAAAAAAAAUUGCACUGCUUCAAAUGCGGAUACCAGAAUUUUGCGUCUUUUUUAUUCUAUUUUGAUGAUCACUAAUUGUGGCACAAAAACCUUUGAUGUAAGAUUUUAUCCCAUCUUGUAUGUUCAGGAAAUACAUUUGAAUCUUAGCGUGCAUUAUAAUGUUUGGUGUUACUUAUGGUGCUGAAUUAGGCAUUGCGAUUGCAGUUUAUCCUGGACAUAACUGUAACUAUGCUGUGCCUCAUAGUUUUGAAGAAAUUAGUUACUUUUUGAAGACAGUGCAGUCUUUUCAUUAUCUUGUAGUAGCGUAUAAGGAAUCAUAUUUAUGUAUAGACACUAGUCAGUGCACAGUUUGUGAAUCUAAUAUCAGGUGUUACUACUAAGUACGUUCAUUCAUGGGUAGUAUUGAGUUAAGACCGAAUGCUAGCGGCAGCUAUUUGCAGUUACUGACAGACUCUAUAGGGUUUAGUAUAGAAGUUUUCUAAAUUGAAAAUUGAGAUUUCAAUGCCCCUUAGUGUGGCAACUGCAAUAGACUUAUCAAGGCAUCUAGCUCAUACAGCUGCUCACUUUUAUGUAUAAAGUACACCAUUGCAAACAAGAAAAAUUACUUGUGAGCACAUUCAUAAAAGAUCAAUGGUUGUAUUGUGAAACAGUGUGUUUUACAAUAAAAAAUGGAAGAACACUACUUGGAGCAAGCAGCAGUAGUCAGAAAGAUGGUUGAUGUAUUGCACCCUAGAAAUAGUGCAACUGCAAACUUCGACAUCUUUCUUUAUUUGCCACUGUGGCAUGGCUGAGAUGGCUGUCAAAACGUUCAGGCACACUGGGCAAGGCUAAUCUAGUUGGACGAAGACAGCACAGAAUGGCAUCCCAUUACUGCGUUUUUUUAUCUCGCAGAUUGCAUGAGGAUUGAUGCUAUUCUUGAUGGAAACUUGACAUGCAUACCCAGAAAUGAGCUUUAAAUGAGGUAGGGCUGUUAGAAAUGCUUUGAUAAUUGCAUGCUUAAUACAUGAUUAGUUUUGUAUUAGUACACCCAGUCUUCGUCCAUGCUUAGACAGCUUUGAAAACUUGCUGCUCCAUGUUCACAGCCUUGGACCUGUUAUGCAAGCAGUCUCUUAGUACUCUAGGCCAUUCGUAGCUUCACGUUUCUAUGCUCUGCAACUGCAAGAGGUCUGUAGUGAUUGGUAUUCAACAGAAAAUCUAUUCAGUCCAGUACAGCUUGUUGAAAUACCUAACUCAACCUCUAUUCAUACUCCAGUAGUAUUCUUUUCUUUCAUCCUUAGUGAUGUAAACAGUACUGAGGCUGGCAAAAAUCGUGGUUCUUAUGCCUUGUUAAAGUAGUUUGAGUCUGCCUUUAAUUUAGAAUUUGUGCAUAAUGGCACUUCAUUCACCAACUUCAACUGCACACACCCUUGUCCUUAUAGUUAUGUCCAGGCAUAGAUAUAGGCAUUUUUUUUGGAGGAUAGUGUGGUUAGGGUCUGAGUUAGAGGAGGGGAUCGAUAAUAAUGAUGAUUGUAAGACACUUACGAUCAGUUAUCAUGGUAAUGAAAUUACUUGCAACCCACUGAAUGUUCUAAUGACACAGUAACAUCAGGGAGCAAGGACUUCGCUUGCUUGUUAUGUGCCAUAUGUGAGCAUUGUACAUACAAACUUCAAGGUCUGGUCAGUAGGUUUUUACACCCCCUCUGGAUCUAUGCUUGAUUGUAUUUAUGUAGUGCUUCUAAUGAUUUAUUUAUAGAUAGGUCCUUAAACUUCUAUAUUUCUUUUCAGUUUCACACCAGGGCAGCAUACUUUGAAAGAUCCCACUUCAGGUUACCAUUCUGCAGUCUGAAAUGUUGGUGGUCUGUUUUUUGUACAGCAAUAUUCCAUUUGAUUUGAAAGUUGUUUUGAAGGUUGUGUAAAACAUGCUAGCUGUCAAAUGGAGAACAUUUAGAAAAACAUAUACAUGGUCGAAAAAUGAGCUUUUUUUCUACUAGUUGUAGCUUCUAAAGCAUGCCUGUGGUGUCCGGGGGGCUUCGCAGCGUGAGCUUCUGCUAUUUCACCUUUACACAAGCAAUAUUCAGCUGAGCAGCAUGCUAUGGUUUCUUCAAUGGGAUGAAAAAAGAAAUUACUGAGCAAAUAUUCAAAAGUCUUCAAAAUACCCAGAAAUGCAAUUUGCUGCAAUAACACAAUUAGAACCUUAGAUCUUUAUGUAGUCUUGCCUCAAAUAAGUUAAGUAUACAAUAGCAAACAUGAACAUUAAAACUGAUGGGGAAUAUGUAACCUGGAAAAGCUAAUAAAUUAUUUGGUGCACUUCCUUUGUUUGUGUGCUCUGUUCUAGCCAUAGACAUGCCACAUCUAGCUUUUUUGGCCAUGAAAGUAAGUCAAAUGAUUUUCUAGAAAUCGGGAACAUCUGCCAGUCUGAAUAUGCUUGUGUUUCUCAAUCACAUUUUUAAAGUACUCUGUAACUCUUUAUCUUUAGCAAAAUGGCCUUGGUUAUGCUUCCAGCUUCGAAGGCAAGGUUUUUCAAUGCAUAACUCCUUAAUUUUGUUCCCUUGCUUUCUUUAAAAAUUGUGCUUGGGUGUUAUUCUUUUCUGGAAUUGUAGUCACUUGAAGUAAUUCUUCAUAGCUUUCCUUUCUGUAGCCCAGUUUCUCUCCUUAGUUCCUUCCUCAAGAAAUUCACCACAGCUCUCUCGCCACCGUGCUUGUUAUAACUGCAUUAAAUUGGUACUGACACAAAAUUUCGCGGCCAAAAAGAUAGUCUGCGGGGUCGAUUCCCAUGUACGUUCGUAUAUCAUCUGCAAAACAUCAACAGCGAAAAUAGCUGCGAAGGUAUUUUAAAUUAGUUUAGAAGUUUGGGUGAGCUCACGACUUCGUGUCAUUGACACCCUCCAAGGGGUCCUCACUUCCCUCAAGUCACCACGCUGCAGUCAAUAAAACAAGUUACGAUUACGUCAUAGCCGUAAUUUUUCUUUUGCCACAAUUGUUCUCCCAGUAUAUACGUCUCGGCGGCCGGUCGUGAGUGCGUGGUCGUAGCGCACGCUUUGAAAGUUCUGUGUUUUGUGACACUGCAGUCUUGUUUUCUGUUCAAAAGUAAUUCUUGAUGCAGACCGUGCGGAAGUGUGUCACAGUUCUGUGUGCUGAUGUAGCCGGGAGCUGCGAAUGCUAGAUGUCGGUAGUUGCACCUGGCGGCUUCUUGUUUUUGGAGCUCAAACUGAAACUGGGUGAUAAUGAGGGGCCUGUAAUUAAUUAUAUGUUGCGUGCUGCAGCAAAAGAUGUGUCGCGUUUUCACUAACAGGCCUUCAGCAACACAUUGCAGCAGAAAAACGCGAGGCAGAAAUUUUUGUGUCAGCACCCCUCUAAGUAUGAUAGAAGUUUUGCUUGCUUGGAUUUUUGUUAGGCUAUAGGCUAUCGGGAAAUACUGACACAUGAUAUUAUGUCAUAGUAGCGGGAACCAAUCUCUCCUCCCAUUGAAAUCAACCACAAGGAGUUUGCUGAGCUGUGGUAGACCAUGAUAAUGCUCUGGAACAUUUCAUUUUAGGUGUUGUGAGCAGUAACUCUGUGUGUCUAGUUUUAUGUGCAUGCAGCAGUUGCCAACAAGGUGAUGUAUCAAACUAGGUCUUGGUGGAUCUCGUCGAUACUAAUUGUGUGACAGUAGUACCUUAGUGCAAAUGUAAUCUUAUGGCAUAAGUUUAUGUGUAGGUGUCAGCCCUGCUACAUUAAGUGUCCCGUGUGAACCCCUUGCUCUGGGAAAGGGUAUUGUAGAGUUUGCUGUGCUAGUUCACCUGUGUUGAUGUCUAGUUGUGGUUUUGUGGUGCAGUGCGUGUCUAUGUUUGUGUACCUUAGGUAUCCUCAGUGUUUGAGGAGUCUUUAGAUAGGGGAGGCGGCAGGGUCCAUUAUUGUGAAUGCAAAUCACGGGGAGUGCAAGAAAACUACCAAUGUAUUUUUUUUCAGCUAGCCUUACGAACGGCAGAGGAUAUUAGAAUAAUUUAUUGGCUGUAGUUACGGUACCACUGUGAAAAUUAGGUGGGACAUUUUCUCUGGCCUUGGAGGUAACAUUUGUCAAAGAACAAAAAAAAAACAAUUUUUUGUGUGAAUUCAUGCCCACGAGGCCUUGGGCACCCAAAUUCUCAGUUUUCUGUGUUACACUUGGCAUGUGGGUCAUUUCAUGCUAAAUGUCCCAGCCAUUUUGGCGACUAUCUCAAAUGUAUUUAAAAAAAAUUGUGCUGACUUACUGCAGUGAAAAAAAGUGAACAGGUAGAAUAUUUCCAAGAGAAAAAAAAUUUUUGGCCACGUGGCUGCCUUCUGAACUUCCCGGAAUGCCAUUUGGGUGUUGUUUGCCAAAAAAAAAAUAUUUUAAAAGUACCACUCCUUCUUUCUAUUCCAAAUUCAGGUCUAAAUGUUAAGUAAAGAUGCUUGUGUGAGGUGUUUGUGCAAUUUUCUGCUACAAAUGCCUCCAAGAAUUUAGCGAAAAUGUGUUAUGUUUGCAUUUUUUCUAUUGCAAUAGUGCACUUUGUGUGAAUAUCUGAGUAGUGAAUACUUACUCCACAGAAGGUGUGUUUUGAGGGGAAAAUGUUUUUAACCUCUCAAGCUGUAAACUUCACAAGAAAAAAUAAUGAAUUUUGCAAAAUCGUCAUUUUUGUUUGUAUUAAGAUGCAAUUUGCACUAUGUAAUAGUCUAAUUAAAAAUCACCUUCAUACCUCAAUUGAAAACAAAUGAACAGUUCUUUUUGUAUGCUAGAUCUUAUCAUUACAUUUUUUUUUGUUUUAAGAAAGAAAAUAAUUUUUGAACUUUCCGAUUGACGACAAUGGGGUGGCAGCUGUGGUAUGACCAAAUGGGAAGAUAGGCGCCAAUGGGAAAGUUCACAAGUGUCAAAGAUAAGUUGGACAGACAUGAUUUUCCCGGGGUAGUGUAUAAAAUUCCUUGCAAAGACUGUGAAUAUGGAUACAUUGGCGAAACGGGCAAUUACUUAAGAAGGCUCAAGGCUCUGGGAACAUUUUAACGACGUCAAGAACAAGAAAGUAGCUUCUAAUGCCCUCGUAGAACAUGUUGCGCCUACUGGGCACGCUAUCGACUGAGAUAAAGCCUGCAUCAUUGCCACGGAAAGAAAGUUGUUACCACGAUUGCACACGGAAUCUCUGGCCAUUCAAACUACUGUGCAUACGUUGAACAGAAAUAUUGGGACACUCCCCCCUGUGUACGGGCGAUGUCUGCAAUACGUGAUGAAACGUGCAUAAGAAUAGCGCACUACGCCAUAGCGCACUACGCCAUUUGUGGUCACUGUGAACAAGGCUCCCGUGUGGGGAGCCGAAACGUCUUUAUAAUUUUUGUGUAUUUCACCUUGGUCGGCGCUUUUGUUACUUUGCACUAUGUUUGUUCCCGACCAAACAAGAUCCCAUUGGACUCUUGACUAUUCGAGCAGUUCAUUGUUGCAGUGCAGUGAAUCAGCAUAAUUUUUUUCGAAUACAUUUGAGAUGGUCGCCAAUAUGGCUGGGACGUUUGGCGUGGAGUGGCCCAUUAUGCGUCUCUAAAUGCACUCAGGGGCCAGCUUCCCUCAUGUUGUGUAACAGAACAACAAAAGGGCUUUCGCAAACUGGCAUGUGCAAGUGUGCCUUUGCCACAGGUGUGCUUCUGAAAGACAGGAAGGCCUGUGCAUGCUGGCCUUUGGCAGAGACCAAUGCCAGUGGCAAGCCAUAGCAAAGCGACCAGCAUAAAAUAAAUACUAUCUAGUGCAUGUGCCAGUCUGACAUACAAAUUUCAUGUUGAUGUACUUGCACAACUGCUCUUUUGAGUUCACAGCAUUGAAGCACAGAAGGGACCAAACCAAGAAAGUUUCCAUAAACAAAACAAGUUUUAAGUUCUCCCACUCUGUUUUUCUUGCAUAUUUCAGUAUUCGCACAAUAACAUGGUCACAAGUAAGCUAGCUGAGCCAGUGUUUUUGUUGAAAAUGACCUUGCCGGGAUGACAGCUAGCUACUGUAGUUUCAGCUUGCAAAAGAUGUCGACUAUGUGCAGGUUGUAAAUCAUUCAUUUUCUCCUCUGCUGUGGUUGCCAGUAAUUGAAAGUUGCAUAAUUGUUUGCUCGCUGCUAAAUAUGUUUUUCUUAUCAUUUUAAGCUGCCUAGCUAGCUGCCAGUAUGAUGGUCAUGCUAAUCUCAUAAUUAGACUUUCUCUGUCAGAAAACUAUACAACCUAGUUUACGUUCUUAGAAAACCAGAGGUGUUAAAUGAUGUGCGUUAUAUAUUUAGGCAUUAUAAGAUUCUGUGUUAAGUGCUCAAGGUUUCAGCUUGCCUCACGCUCUGUGUAUGCAACCUUUGUAGCAUACCAGUGAUUGGGCCACCUUUCAGUAGUCGGAUUUAUUGAGAUUCUUGUGAUGUGUUUGUACCGAUGAACAUACAGGUUGGAAUUUAUUGCUGCGACAUUAAUUUUGCUGUCUGGGCAUUUUGCUCAUUUGAAGAUAUGUUACCUGUAAUCUGAUUAAUGGUGAUACAUUAUAUAUGUCUAGCUUUUUUGCAAGAGUGCCCUGAUGCUUGUUUCCUGACAAAACUGUAAUCCAUAGUGGAUUGCUUCAUCAGUUCUAGAAAGAACUGCAACUGGAAAGACUAUCAAAGUCACUAUCACCUGCUUGCAUAUGAUCAAGACAGGAUACUCUUGAAAACCUACGAUAAGUUGCAGCCUUGUGUAUGCACGAGCAAGUGUGGUAUAAUGUUUGUAACUCAAUUUUAGUACGUUUGAACAAAAGGCAGAGAAGAAAAAAGGAGUUGAGUAGACAUUGUUUUGUGCAUGUUUAGUGUUAACUGUACCAAUUCCUUGAGCAUAACUAUGUUCCAUAGUAUCCCAGAAUGGCAGAUAGGUGUAGAAAAGUAGUGAUUUAGUAGGUGAACACAGCAGGGCAAAAAUGAAUUAUUCAGGUGCCUAAUCAUGUCACUUGAUUACAUUUCAAAGUAAGUAGACUGCUGACAUAGUGUAUAAGACAGCAAAGUAGCGAGACCUUGCUUUUCAUGUGACUGGCACUACCUUUUUGUUUUUUUUACAUGCAUUAGUUUUUUUUUUCCAAGUUUUCAGUAGACCUUAUGUUGCCUUGCCUGAUACGAUGUAAGGUUUAUGCAAACUGCACUCUUGCAGUGAUAGAGCAUCAAAAGUGCAGUAACUGUUGUAAUAAAUGUGCACAGACAAAAACACGUCAGUUCUUACACAAUUCAUUAAGUAGUCUUUUGUUGUGUGCAAUGGGUGUUCAAUAAGCAAUUUAAAAAAUGACGACAUUAUAUUCCUUUUAGUUAAUUUUAUUUGAUAUUCAGUUUGGUUUCUUUGGAGCUCCGCAGUCUUGGACCAGUAGUUUCCUAUGUUCCAGUCUCUUUGAAAAUGAGUCAAGUCUCAAGUUCUUACAGUGACUUUGUCCCAUAAGAACAUCUUGAAUACAAUCUUGCCACUGCAGUUGCAAACAUGUAAGCUAAAGCAUUGUCUGUCAUAAAGACUACUUCUUUUUUCUCCGAUAUCAGCUGAUAUGUUUGCAGCUCUUUGACCGUGCGGUUUAGGGGUGUUGCAUGAAAUUCUUUGCUUUUAACGGUUGAGAAAGAUGACAAUCAUUUCACUGGUACUAACUUGGAGGGACACUGAAAAGGAAGCCGAGUAUUUGCGUAUCAGUAAACUACAGUUCACAAUCUCAUACUGCAAGAGGACGCUAAGCGAGAAAACGCACAAAAAGAAAAUUUGGGUGGAGACACCACCCUGAAAUUUCUGUACCAACCACCAUGAUGCCAUAAUUUUGAAGGAGUCUACUGGGUUGUAUGUAGCUUCCAAACAAUAAAAACGAGAUACAUUGCCAUCUGUGGGUGCCAUAGACCUAGCAUACGAAGUUUGAAAGAAUUUCAUCGAGCCAAUGUCACGAAAGUAUGAAGCAUUUUUUUAGUGCAAUGUUUACUCCAUGCCGACUUAAAUUUCUUGUUUUUUUUUAUUGUGUGGUUUCUAUUAGCAGGCUUUUCUCGCAGUACAAUCCAUUUUAAUUAACUUAUGUAAAAAUUGUCUCUGCUCGAUGCCCUCACGAUGGGUGAUUUUCUGUCUCACUUGAACUUAUUGGGGGUCCGUGUGCAGUCAUCGACACUUGCACAGAGGCUCCAUAGAUUGACCGAAUUUGGCUUUUAUCUGUACAGCCAUCCUGUGCUUACCAAAAAAAAUUUGUUCACCACCACAGGAAUUCUCUCUCCAGCUUCCCUUUGACAAGUACUGACAGUCUAACUUAAAAAAAAAAAGAAAAAGAAAACAUUUUUUUAACAUUGGUGUGGAGGACUGCAAUGCGCAUUUCCAUUCGCCUUCAUAAUAUGAAGAUUAUUGUGGGGUUAAUCUGCAGAAAUUCACGCUGCUUAUUGAAGAACUCUCAUACAUAUUUGCACGUGUAUAAUGUCCAGGGUGACUUCCGAUGACCAAAAACGAAGAAAUAUGCUUGUGUUCUAACGCAGUCUGAUGGUGUGUGUUAUGACAGUAGGUUUGGGUUUAAAACACAAGAGUAGUGCAGAACACUAAACAGGCAAAAGCAGCAACGAAUUUACUGUCGCACUGCUAGGAAGUUCCAACAGGAAGACAAUUCACUACCUCAGAAGGCCUAAUCUAUGCUUGAGUUGAUGAAAUCUCACUAAAACAUUGCAUUAGUGAAUGGAGUCAUUAGGCUAGUGUUCUUGCAUAUAGGGUAUAGGGGAGCAUAUACAGGAACACUAUAUUAGAUCAGCUUGUAUUGUUACUUUCUUUUAUCAUUCUAUUACAUUUACCUUUUUUUUUACUCUCUCAGCUUUGCCUGCACACCGGUGCAUGCUUAUUUCCGUAAGUGGUUGUUUGUACUCUUCCAAGGAUGCAAGGGUAAAUUUCUGCAAUCUGCCUUGUACAAUUGGGGCAAAAAUGGAAUAUUGUGUUAUACUCGUGCAAAUACAGUUUAUCAACCUCCGAAACUGUUAGUAUUGAGCAUGUUGCACACUAACUGAACGUUAGCUUUCUGUCCUUGAUACCACUCCUAAUCAGUUCAGCAUAUAUUGUCACCAGGGAUCAUAUGCACAUAUCAUGCCUCCAUCUAAUAUCUGAUAUACUUUACAGAUUGGAUAAUGUGUAUGGACUAUUUCAGAACCCGAUUGAUUCUCAACAUUUCAUCGUUAGUUCAGGUGAAUAAUAUCAUAUUGACUGUGCUGCAAAUUGCAUGUAAUUUACGUGGGGCAAGUACCAGACAUUGUAUGCCGUGGCUAAUAGACAACUUUUGUAUAAAGAUGCUGUGUUGAUAUGCUGUUCAUAUUGUAUGCUGAGAUGCUGUUCAUAUUGUAUUGUUGUAUAUCUAGUCAUGAUUUGUAAACGAGUCCUUGACGUCGUCAUUUCUGAUGUGUUAAGUGCAUAACAAGUAUAUUUUCACCAUAAUAAAGAACAUGCUUUGUAAAAAAACUAGCGUGCUGUGAUGUUCUCAUCAUAUGCGAUGUUUCAACUUUUUUUUGUUUGCUGUCACACAAGUGAGACAAAUAUGAGCAUUGUGAGGACACAUGACAUGUGGCUCAAUCAAAAGUGAGGAAUUGUUGCUGUAUCAUUCACUGGUUCUUGUCAGACACCCGUACCACAGCAGCAAUAUUGGUUCAACAACUGUUAUGAUACAGGAUGCUGGUACACAUUCAGUUUUUUAUGUUUAUUAUGAUAAAUGGUUAUUGUCACCAUUUUUAUAUAUUGUCUCUGUUAUAUUUUAUGCCAUUGCUGCCUCUAUUUAGCAGCAAUUCUUUAGUGCCCUAUCUGCAAGUGAAGACAAGAUUAUUGGUACAAUCUUUAUUGGACACUGCUAGUUUGCUGUAUCAAAAGGAUUUCUUUACUGUGAACAUCAACAGCUUUGAGUUGAUCACAAAACACUGGACAUCGUUGUCCUGUAUUUACAAACGUUUGGGACUGCCACGUAAACUUGGUGUACUAGUGUCUAUGCUAAGAUAAAUGGGCCAUGACACCCAAUUUUCUCUCAUCAUCUGUGCUAUGUGGUUAAUUCUUGGAUGUUUAUAAACAAGCUGGAGAAAUUUCAGUGCAUUUGGUCGCUUACUCAAUUUAUAAUAAAGAAUUUCAUCAACA